AUGCCGGUCAAGCCACUUUCGUUCAAAGGCGACGCAAAAAGGCCCAAAAAGAGAAAGCAGCGCAGUUACGAAGACGAGCACGACUCAGGUCCUCCCGCUACAGUCGACCCGGCCGACGAUGACUCCUGGACAACACCCGACCAGGCAUCUGACCUCACAGGCCCCACACUCAUAGUCCUACCUACCACUCCACCCACAUGCCUUGCAUCUGACGCACAUGGAAAUAUCUUUGCCUCGCAACUGGAGAACAUGGUCGAGAGCUAUGCAGAGACAGCUGAGCCGCAUGAUGUGAGACAAGUGUGGGUUGCCAGCACCGUGGCCGGCACCGGGCAAAUCAGCUUCAAGGCAAGUCAUGGCGGGUAUCUGUCCUGCGACUCGAUAGGUGUCCUGGGCGCAAGACGCGAAGCACGAGGCGCGGAAGAAGGGUUUGUGGUCGAAGGCGCCGAGACGGGCGAAGGUCGUCUCCGUUUCAGACUGCGGACUACGGCGUCGAAGACUGCGGACGGAGAUCAAGGCCGGCGCUAUCUGUCUGCGACGGUAGAAACAAGUUCCAAUCCCUCGAGGGUGGACGGCGAGGAUUCGAUGAAGAAAGUAUCCAUCUCAAUACGUGGCGACGGCGAGGCGGAGUCUGACACCACCCAGGUCGUGUUGAAGAUGCAAGCAAGGUUCAAGCCACGUCUGCAACAGCACAAGGAGACCAAGGCCAACGAGAAAGUCAGCCGGCGUGAACUUGAGCAAGUUGUUGGGAGGAGACUUGACGAUGACGAGGUCAAACGGUUGAAGCGCGCGAAGAGGAAUGGCACCUACUACGAGGAGAUCCUUGAUGUCCGGGUCAAGGGGAAGCAUGAUAAGUUUGCCAGCUAA